AUGGCGAACAAGCCCAUAGGCUCCACCAUCUUGGCUCAGAAGCGGACACACACACAUCCAGCACCACCACCGUCCCACCCAGCAUCCAACCUCACCCCCCCCUCCCCAGCAGCCAACCUCACCCCCCCCCUCCCCAGCAACCAACCUCACCCCCUACCAAGCACCAACCUCACCCCCCCCUCCCAAGCACCAACCUCACCCCCCCAGCACCAACCCCCCAGCACCAACCCCCCCAGCACCAACCUCACCCCCCCAGCACCAACCUCACCCCCAUCCAGCACCAACCUCACCCCCUCCAGCACCAACCUCACCCCCUCCAGCACCAACCUCACCCCCAUCCAGCACCAACCUCACCCCCAUCCAGCACCAACCUCACACCCCUCCAGCACCAACCUCACACCCCUCCAGCACCAACCUCACACCCCUCCAGCACCAACCUCACACCCCUCCAGCACCAACCUCACACCCCUCCAGCACCAACCUCACACCCCUCCAGCACCAACCUCACACCCCUCCAGCACCAACCUCACACCCCUCCAGCACCAACCUCACACCCCUCCAGCACCAACCUCACACCCCUCCAGCACCAACCUCACACCCCUCCAGCACCAACCUCACACCCCUCCAGCACCAACCUCACACCCCUCCAGCACCAACCUCACACCCCUCCAGCACCAACCUCACACCCCUCCAGCACCAACCUCACACCCCUCCAGCACCAACCUCACACCCCUCCAGCACCAACCUCACACCCCUCCAGCACCAACCUCACACCCCUCCAGCACCAACCUCACACCCCUCCAGCACCAACCUCACACCCCUCCAGCACCAACCUCACACCCCUCCAGCACCAACCUCACACAAUUGCUUUCAUUUCUGAUGAUAUUCUAA